CACACACACACACACACACAAAAACACACUCAAUUAUCAUAUUACAUAGCCAAAACUGUUCAACAUGGGAUCGCCAUCAGUUGCCAUCACCUUUCUUCUUCUAAUAGUUACCGUUCACUUGGCAGCGAUCCAUGCGCAAACGUCGACCGCAACUGCCGGAAUUGGGACUACCGCGCAACCGCAAGGCGGCGGAGCUGCCGCUGCCACCGCCACUGCCGCAGGAGAUGUGGCCCUUGAGCUAUACUUGCAUGAUGUCCUCGGCGGCACGAGCCCAACGGCCCGGCCCAUUACCGGCUUGCUAGGGAACAUCUACAAUGGCCAAGUCCCCUUCGCCCGGCCCAUUGGGUUCGUCCCUCCGAAGAACGGGGUGGCGAUUCCCAACACCAACGGGGCGAUCCCCACCGUCAACGGGAACAACGGCGUCCCGCUAGACACGGGCCUUGCCGGAUCGGGCUUCGUGCAGACGCCCAAUGGGCCGGCUGCCACGGCCCAGGCCCAAACCCAGUUGGGCCCUGAUGGGCUCGGGCUUGGGUUCGGUACCAUCACUGUCAUCGACGAUAUCCUCACAAAUGGGCCCGAUAUUGGGGCCCAGCCCAUUGGGAAGGCCCAAGGGGUCUACGUAGCGAGCUCCGCCGACGGGUCGGCCCAAAUGAUGGCCUUCACAGCUAUGAUGGAGGGUGGGGAGUAUGGUGACACACUAAACUUUUUCGGAGUGUACAAGAUUGGGACCGCAAUGUCGCGGUUGUCGGUGACCGGAGGGACUGGAAAGUUUAAAGGGGCUGGCGGGUUCGCGGAGGUCCGGCCGCUGAUUCCGUCGGGCCAGCAUGUGACUGAUGGGUCUGAAACUCUGCUAAGAAUCACAGUUCAUCUCACAUAUUAGGACGAUGUUUUAUGCUUCACAAGUGGUUUAGUGAGAUAUGGGUUUGUUA